UAGGCAGAAUGAACGUUUGACAGCUGACUCCUUGCUCGUGUAGAUCGUUCCUAAACAAAAGGAUACAUAUGUUUAAUUUAUUUUUGAGGGAUUUCGGGUAGUUAGCGACAGUGUGUAUGCUUCUAUGGCCGCCGCCGUGAGGAAUAAUGUUUGGGUCGCUCCGGGGCAGGACGCGCAGUUUCUCCACAGAACAGCGGCCGGUCUGAGAGAUGAAGAUCAUGGACAAGUGCUGUGUGACACGAGGGAUGGCAUCCAGGAAACUAACUCUUAUCAGGAUUAUAAUAUGGGUAAACCCAAGAUGGAUAACUACUUUCCCCCACACCAACAGGAUGCUGUAAAUUCCAAAACCUUUAACAGGGACAGCUCUCUGACACUGGAACCGCCAUUCACCGAGGACUUGGCCUCCCCUUACAGCGUCAACAUGAGCCUGCUCCUUCCCGACGUCACGUAUCUGCACCCUGGUCUCUGCAGGACUGUGAGACAUAUCAAAACAGAGCCGUCACCCUCCCUGAUGCACCCCACUUGUCAGGGCAGCGGAGCGCCACCAACUCUCCCAGAGUACCCUGGGGUUUUCACGGUAGCUGACAGUACUAGUGGUAACUUUUUUAUCAAACAGGAAGUGCCAGAUUUCCAGGAUGUCCCCCUGUUUCAGCUUUUGAACUCUGACUUAGAGCAGAUCGUUCAUGGGUCUCAGCUGAACUCUGUCCCCAUGGCGCCCUUAAGUUUUCCAAUCGGGAACCUCCAUGUAGGCCCAGUGCAGAAUUCUACCAAAAACACAAGCAGCCCACAAAAUUUCCCAUUCAACCACCAUGUUAGCCAUCAACAGAGGCGCACCUAUCUGCCACCUUCUCCACCAAACUCUGAGCCCUCAAGUCCAGACAGGGCGAAGGAGCUGCUUCACAAUCUGUCCCCGCCUCCUUCUUAUGAAGCCAGCAUUGCCUCAAAGUUAACAUUUCAGACCCACAGUCCCAUCGAUCCAGGGCAGACAGCUAAUGUAGCUCCCGUCCAGAGGCCUGAACAGAAUUCGAAUAUGGGAUUAGUCCAAAGCCCGGGUCUUUUGGCUGCCCAGCGUUCAACCCUGACCCCAGUUCAGACAACGCCAGGUGUUGGACCGCUGUCCCCGGUGUUGGCCCAGUCUGCUCCAGGAAAAUACAAUCGGAGGAAUAAUCCUGAUCUGGAGAGACGGAGGAUACACCACUGUGAUGUCCCAGGAUGCAAGAAAGUCUACACCAAGUCAUCUCAUUUAAAAGCCCAUCUGCGGACACAUACAGGAGAGAAGCCGUACCAGUGCUCGUGGGAGGGGUGUGAGUGGCGUUUUGCCCGAUCUGACGAGCUGACUCGCCAUUUCAGGAAACACACCGGGGCGAAGCCUUUCCAGUGUGGCGUGUGUAGCCGCUGUUUCUCCCGCUCUGAUCAUUUGGCCCUUCACAUGAAGAGACACCGGAGCUAGAAACCCUGUUCUGCAAAACAAGCCCAUCUUUAUUUUAUAUUUUUUAGUAAACAUGGACAGUGAGAAAUAUUAGCAAACAUUAAAACCAUGGUGACAUUCUGAGCAGUGCUGGUCCACAAGUAGUUGUUUCAUUUAUAUUAUAAUUCUCAAAACUACUGAUGCCUUAUUUUAUUUCCACAUUUACACCCUGAUACUGAGGGAAAUUUGCAAAGAUGUCAGUAAAAAGUCAUUUGCCAAAGGUGAUUAUAGAAUAAUGUUCAUACUUUUAAGUCUUUAAAAUUAUUUUUAUUCAUUUCUUCUUAUGCAAUGUACACAGUCACUCCAUUUUACUUUAAUGUAUAGACCUUAAUGUACAUGUUAUGGGCAUGUAUUCGGUUAGAUUAAAUAGGAAACCACCAUGCUGUAAGUGCAGAUGUUUUAAUAUGAAAAAGAAGGUCAGAGAAAGUGUUGUGUUAAGGGAAUAUAAAGGCUUUGUGCUUGUUUUACAGAAAGUAACAGCAGUUGGAUGGACUUUUAUGUUGACAAGUUGUGGAUUCCCUGGGACCGAGCAGUUUGCUGGUUGUGUGCAGUGCUACAGGCCGUCUUUAUACUGCCAGACAUAUGGGCUACUUUACAAAUAAGGAUAUCAUUAUAGAAAUAUUCCUUUAUUUAAUCUCAACUGUUUUAGUAGCAAUAGAAAGGGAACAUUUUGAGAUUUUGAUCAGAAUUCUUUGGACAGCACUUUGAAUGUUCUCGGUCUGUGUUUACUGUAUUAUAGAUGUGGUCAUAAAGUGCUGAAUGUUUUUCAUGCCGGAGCAAAAUAUAGAUCCUAAUGGUACAUUUUUUAAAUUUCAAUGUAGGUUAUAUUAAAUUAUUUGAGAAAUUUUAUUUAUUUUUAUCAAUUGAUAUGUCAAAUGUAGACUACGCUCAAAAAAGCAAUAUCUGACACUCACUGAUCACUUUAUUAGGUCCACCUUUUUGACUGCUCAUUUAAUGCAAGUAUCUAAACAGCAAAUCACAUGGCAGUAAUCAACUUAUUUAUGCAUGUAGACAUGGUAAAGGCAAAGUGCUUAAGAUCAAUCUGAGCCUCAGAAUGAGGAAAAUGUUAUUUAAAGUCCCUGUAAAGUGAAAUCCAAAAAUUUUGUCUAAAAACACUAGAUAUACUGGAAUUAGGCUGCUGUAAACAUGUGAAAACACUGAGGUCUAUGUGUGACUGAAUUUUGGAUUUUUUUUAUCUCUUUCGUGACAAGGUUUAAUUGGGCAGGGCAAAUAUAGAGCCCUGUGAUGUCACUGAGCGCUAUGGAGUAUUACCUCACUCCCCUAAUUCUACAAUGAUAUAAACCUCUGAGCAGUUCAUCUUUUGUUAGCUAGUGUCACUGCCUUCAUUGGAAAUUACAACCCAGCUUAAUGCUGUGUUUUUGUUCAUUACAAGGUUAAUUUGCCAAAUCUAUCAGCCAUGAUGGCUCAUUAAAAGUAUCAUAACUGAGAGUUUUGUACCAGAAAACAGUAAAUUUAAUCCCCAGCUUCUGUCCCUCUGCUCUGGCCAUGGUUCACAGCAAAGUCAGGGGAAGGCUAAUUGCAGGAGUGCUUGUCUCUUUUACUUCAACAAGAGGGACAGGAGCACACAUCUUACCUCCGGUUACCUUUUAAUCUAUAUUUUAUCAUCUUUAGUCUUGGAUGAUUAAAAGAAGCAGACUGUGGCUUUUGUCGCUCUCAAAGCAGCACCAGUUCAAUCCCUCCUGUCAGGUUACAACAUUAAAGAUAGAAAAGUAUCAUAUGAUAGACGUGUUCUGUUCUUGCCAAGUCAGUCAAAAUAAAAGUCUCCAAUGCUAAUCAUCAUUAAAGACUUUUAUUUUGAAGAGCUACAUUGGGAAAUUGAGUGCUUUUGGCAGCAAUUAACAACAAUGACGUCUCAAAAAUGGGAGAGAGACAUGACUCAGAAAAUACAACCUGAAGCGUUAAAUACAGGAUGAGAAAAUGUGAACAGUUGUAACAUAGCAGCUUAGCAGACAGAGGAGUCCUCCAUUCAGGUUGUAGCAUUUUUUUAAAUUUGAGAGGAUUGUAUAUCUCACAAGCAGGCGUGGCUUUGGCGCAUUCAACUGACACACCCACACCCUCCUAGAGCAGAUAUUAGUGAAUUAUUUUUCAUGAUUUGGAAACUUAAUUUUAUAUGCUUUUUUACACUAUUUUUUAUGUUCUUCAAUUACUUUACUUUGUGUUGUUUACAUGGGACUCUCAGGCUGUUUUUGAAGCCAUGUGAAUUUCAGCCCUAGUUUCCUGUUCUGGCAGGAACUGUACCCAAUGUGGUCUACUGCUGUAGCUCAUCUGCUUGAACGUUUGCCUUUUUGUUGUUUCAGAAAUGCUCCUCUGCAUGAAUAGCUUGUAACAAGGUUUUUUUUGAGCUAUUAUUGCCUUUUUAUCAGAUUGAAUCAGUCUGGUCAUUGUCUGAUUUUUGUCAUUAAAAAGACUGUGGCCUAGAGUUCUGCUGCACUAGCAGUGAAUAUUUUCUUUAAACCCUAGAGAUGGUUGUGUGCAAAAAUCCCAGUAGAUCAGCAGUUUGUAAAAUACUCAGACUAGCCAGUCUGGCACAAACAACCGUAGCAUAUCCACAAUCCCUUUAUAGCCUUUCUUCCCCAUUCUGGUGCUCAGUUUGAACCUUUAGCACAUCAUCUUGACCAUGUCUUAACUCAAUGUAUUGGUUGCUGCCAUGUGUUUGGCUCAUUAUGUAUUUGCAUUAAAGAGCAGUUGAACCGGUGUACCUUACAAAGUAAUCGGUGUGUACUUUGCACUUAGGAAGGCAUGACGAAAGUGCAAAUUUCACAGCAAUUUUGUGUGCAAAACAUUUUUAUCUGCAGGUUCUUUUUUUAUUCUCUGGGGAAGUUGCUGUGAUGUACAAAUUCAGACUUGUUCAUUUAGACUUUGUUUUAGUUGAAAAUACUGUUUCCAAACAUUAAACAGCUUUUUUUAACAGGAUUACAGCAUCAUAUUACUGAAUAUUUGUCUUUGUAAGUGGUUUCAAAGCGAUGCCUGAGAGAUUUUUUUUAGACUGAGCACCUGCCAGUCUGAACAUCUGUGAAAGCUUUGGGUUUCUUUGACAACUAUCCAAACACCUUUUGAAGUGCCUUUAACUGCUUUCUUUGAUUAAUGAAAAACAAAGUUCUUUUAUCAGGUGCUACGCUCUGCCAAAAUGCUUCUGUAUCUUGGCUUCCCCUCCUAAUUUCCACAAUAUAGCGAUCUCUUUUUAUGACCAAGUUUCUUUAAAAAUUGUGUCAGGAUAAACAAAUAGAUUUUUAAAGUCUCUAUGAUUUGUAAUGAUGUGUAUAUACAUUUUCUAUCUGGUACAUCCAUUGGUUAUUUUUGGGUGUGUAAAGAUGACUUUUUUUAAUUGCAGAGAUUGUUUAUUUUUAUUUGUUUAAGUUUAGGAAGGAUCAAAUGAUAGAAUCUGGAAAUAACUCAUGUCAGCUCUCAUUUUAUUGGACUACAAGUCCCCAAAAUACUGCAAUAAUUCUUAAAUAUACAUAGGUACAAACCUGCAGUGUUCCGACAUGAAAGGCAAUAAUAAAUGUCAGACAAUGUACAUGUAGACUAAAUUGAUCAAAUGUGCUAAAAAGCCAUGUUACAGUGCAAAUAAAGUUUUGUGUUGAUUA